GAAGCCUACCUUAGGCUGUGCUUUCCAUCCACAUCAUUACCUUUGAUCUGAGGGUAUAUGGUGUAAUUUACAUGUGACUAGAGGCUUUUUCUGCCGGGUGUUUGUUUUAUUAAAUAAGGUUGGAAAUUAUCAUUGUACUAAGUCAUUUACUGUGAUAACUGUGUUGGGCUAACUGAAACCUGAGAACUUUGGCUGUUUAUUUUUUUACUGGACAUUAUUUCAUUUACAGUCUUGCUUGGCCUGGGCAGUUUCUUUUGGACCCAAUCCCAAAAGGCCAUGAUUGCAGCAUACUCGGUUUCUCAUGUUUCCGGAAAGGCUGUGGGACUCAGAAGGGGAAUUUCUGGGUAGCCUGGCAGCACUUCUUGUUAAGGAUUGGGGAAGGUUCGUGUAAAGCUAAUCUUACUUUACUAUUAGGAAAUCAGCAGUGGUCCUUGGAUUCCUCUACAGAGCUACUUAGUAGCUUUGGUUCAGUUUUGACUCACUGAAGUUUAGAGAAUGGAAACUGCAAAAAUCCUAUUCGAAAAACUCGGGCACUCAGGUAUCCACCAUGGUGUUGGGUCCUGAACAGAAGAUGUCAGAUGAGAAUGCUUCUGGAGAUCAUGGGGACACUGCCAGUCUUGGUGCCUUGAACCCUGCCUACAGUAACUCCUCUCUUCCACAGUCCACUGAACACUCAGAGGAGCCCUUUGCCACCUACUUUAAUGAGAAGAUCACCAUUCCUGAGGAGGAGUACUCUUGUUUUAGCUUUCGUAAACUCUGGGCUUUCACGGGACCAGGCUUUCUUAUGAGCAUUGCUUACUUGGAUCCAGGAAACAUUGAAUCUGAUUUGCAGUCUGGAGCAGUGGCUGGAUUUAAGUUGCUCUGGGUACUGCUGUUGGCCACCGUCGUGGGGCUGCUGCUCCAGCGGCUCGCAGCUAGACUGGGAGUGGUCACUGGGCUGCAUCUUGCUGAAGUGUGUCACCGUCAGUAUCCCAAGGUCCCACGAAUCAUCCUGUGGCUGAUGGUGGAGUUGGCUAUUAUUGGCUCAGAUAUGCAAGAAGUCAUUGGCUCAGCCAUUGCCAUCAAUCUUCUGUCUUUAGGAAGGGUUCCUCUGUGGGGUGGAGUCCUCAUCACCAUUGCAGAUACCUUUGUGUUUCUCUUUUUGGACAAAUAUGGCUUACGGAAGCUAGAAGCAUUUUUUGGCUUUCUCAUCACCGUUAUGGCCCUCACAUUUGGAUAUGAGUAUGUUACAGUGAAACCCAGCCAGAGCCAGGUACUCAAGGGCAUGUUCGUGCCAUCCUGUUCAGGCUGUCGCACACCACAGAUCGAGCAGGCUGUGGGCAUCGUGGGAGCUGUCAUCAUGCCACACAACGUGUAUCUGCAUUCUGCCUUAGUCAAGUCUAGACAGGUAAACCGGAAUAAUAAACAAGAAGUUCGAGAAGCCAAUAAGUACUUUUUCAUUGAAUCCUGCAUUGCUCUCUUUGUUUCCUUCGUCAUCAACGUCUUUGUUGUCUCAGUCUUUGCUGAAGCAUUUUUUGAGAAAACCAAUGAGCAGGUGGUUGAAGUCUGUCAAAAUAGCAGCAGUCCCCAUGCUGGCCUCUUUCCUAACGACAAUUCAACACUGGCUGUGGACAUCUACAAAGGGGGUAUUGUUCUGGGAUGUUACUUUGGGCCUGCUGCUCUCUACAUCUGGGCAGUGGGGAUCCUGGCUGCAGGACAGAGCUCCACCAUGACAGGAACCUAUUCUGGCCAGUUUGUCAUGGAGGGAUUCCUGAACCUGAAAUGGUCACGCUUUGCCCGAGUGAUUCUGACCCGCUCUAUUGCUAUCAUUCCCACUCUGCUUGUUGCUGUCUUCCAAGAUGUGGAGCAUCUAACAGGGAUGAAUGAUUUCCUGAAUGUUCUGCAGAGCUUACAGCUUCCAUUUGCUCUUAUACCCAUCCUCACCUUUACAAGCUUACGGCCAGUAAUGAGUGACUUUGCCAAUGGAAUAGGCUGGAGGAUUGCAGGUGGGAUCGUGGUCCUUAUCGUCUGUUCCAUCAACAUGUACUUUGUAGUGAUCUAUGUCCAGGAACUAGGGCAUGUGGCAUUAUACGUGGUGGCUGCUGUGAUCAGUGUGGCUUAUCUGAGCUUUGUGUUCUACUUGGGUUGGCAAUGCUUGAUUGCACUGGGCAUGUCCUUCCUGGACUGUGGGCACACGUACCACCUGGGAUUGACUGCGCAGCCUGAACUUUACCUUCUGAAUACCGUGGAUGCUGAUUCACUUGUGUCUAGAUGACUGUCAGCCUGAGAGACUAUAUAAGAACCACUUUUUCUAAGCUUUUUUGUGCCAGGUGUCCUGUUAACAUAUCUCUGUUAGUUCAGAGGUGAGUUUCGUUCAAAUGUUUUGAACAAAAGACAAAGAUUUCCUCAUGGGAAGGGUGUGAAAAGCUGGACAGCUGUAAGUGUAGGUUGGAGACCCACCCCCUCACAACAGUCAUACAAUAGCCAGAGUUAAGGCCUGUGAUGGGCACACACCCCUAUGGGCUUGUGUCUUAACUUCUGGUAUAUAUAUUUAUGUAAACCUGAACAUAGAGUUUGGGUAGAGUUUUAAGGUUACAUAAAAGUGAUAGAUCUUUUGUAUUUUUUUAAAAAAUAUUGUUCAGAUAAAUCAGUUAUUUGUUUUGUCUGGAUCAUAAGUGAGAAAGGACACGGAAUAAUGUUCUUUUUCACAAUGAACUGGUCAGGUUGACUAUCUUAUAAUGUGAUAUUUUACUAUGCCAGUUAAGUUUCACUUCAAUCUUAAUUGACCAGAGUAUAUCCUUGAUAUAUACUGAUAUUAACACAUCAUUUCUAAAGAAAACAUUUCUUCUAUUAGGCAAUCAUUAUUUAACCCUGGUUAUCAGCCUGCUUAUAAUUGUCUUUGUGGUCACUUUUCUUGAAUUUUUUUGUAGUCAUUAAACAAAGAUGUGAUAGCAUUUGCCAAAGAGUAAACUGAAUACCUGGUAACAAGAUCCAGAAACCAUACUUUAACCAAUGAUCAGUUUUCCAUGCUGCAUUGUAACUCAUCCCAUUCUGGUUUUCAAGUUUUAGGUAGAAAAGGAAGAAACUUCUAACAUUUAACUUUGUAAGUCCUAAGCAAGAUAAUGAAGGUGUUAAUCUUUUUUCUAAUGUUUGUAUAAUUCUAUGUCUUUUCUUCCCACUUUUCCCAUUAAUAUUUCAAAAACCAUUUCUAGUUCUAAAGUUUUUUUCUAGGGGCAGCAAAUAUUUGUAUUGUUGAAUCUCCUAGGGACUGUUAAACAUUUCACUUUAGAAUGCAUAUUUAUACCAAGUAGUAUGAGAUUAGUACUAGGGGACUUGGAAGAUUAGUCCACAUGUCAUAAAUCAUCUGCUACAUGUAGGUUACCUUUUUUUUUUUUUUUGGCCUUCCUAACCAGGAAUUUUUUUAUUAACAUUUUUGUAAUAAAAAAUUCCACAUUAAAAAUUGGAAAGCGUUGUCAUAAUUUUCUGGUCGAAGAGUCAGAAGAUUCACAAUACAGAGCCCUCCUGGAAAUGCAGUUGGCUGGAACUGAAUGGCCGCCGUCCGUUUCCAGUGGCACAUGCUCCAGGGUGAUACAUCCGCCAUCACAUCACUCCUCAUCUGCACACCCUGCAGCAUUUGUGUUGCUUUGAGCAUCACUUUCCUCUCUCAGCUUUAGAGCUAAAGAUAGGACGUCUCUGCCUUAUUUUAAAACAUACCAUGUUUCAAUAAGACUUUUUAAAA